UCCAUAAGGUUCCAAAAGUUUUUGAAGCAGUAACAAAUCAAAAGAAAAAAGAGAUUCAAGAUCAACUUAAAAGUGAAUUAAGUAUAUUGGUAGAUGCGCCAACUCAGGGAUCUGGUAAUACCAAUAAUGGCAAUACUGCUAGAAAAUUUUUUAAUAAUAUUGACGUUAUGGCUCGAAUAACUGGAUUCAAUGAACACUUGUUAUACAGAUUUAAAGUUAUUUUGGCAGUUAUUUCAUCAAAUUGCUUAGUAAAUAAUGCAGCAUUUGGUGCUUAUUGCAAAGAGACGGCAUUCAAAUACGUAGAGCUCUACAACUGGUAUAAAAUGCCUACAUCAAUGCAUGUCAUUUUAAUACAUGGCCACGUCAUUAUGAAAGAAUUAAUUUUACCUAUUGGGAUGCUUAUUGAAGAAGCUCAAGAAAGUAAUCAUAAAAUGAUUAAAAGAUUCAGAGAUAGAUUCUCAAGAAAAGUUUCUCGGGUUACAACAAACACAGAUAUGUUUUGUCGCUUAUUUGUACAUUCCGAUCCUUAUCUUUCGAUAUUAGACAUCGAAGAAAACAAAAAAAAGCUCAAUGACUCAGGAGAUGAAAAAUCUGUUAUUAGAUUAUACAGAGUCAGCAGAUGA